AUAUACGAUGUGAGCAAAUGAGGUGAGAUAAGGGAGGUAAAAAUAAAAAGGCCACGGUGGCAAAGUAAAUACAAUAUAGCAAGUAAAACACUGGAUUUGCAGUAGGUGAAUGUGCAAAGUAGAAAUACUGGGGUGCCAGGGAGCAAAAUAAAUAAAUAAAUAAAUACAGUAGGGGAUGAGGUAAUUGUUUGGGCUAUUUAUAGAUGGGCUAUGUACAGGUGCAGUGAUCUGUGAGCUGCUCUGACAGCUGGUGCUUAAAGCUAGUGAGGGAGAUAAGUGUUUCCAGUUUCAGAGAUUUUUGUAGUUCAUUCCAGUCAUUGGCAGCAGAGAACUGGAAGGAGAGGCGGCCAAAGGGGGAAUUGGCCCUGGGGGUGACCAGUGAAAUACACCUGCUGGAGCGCAUGCUACGGGUGGGUGCUGCUAUGGUGACCAGCGAGCUGAGAUAAGGCGGGACUUUACCUAGCAGUGUCUUGUAGAUGACCUGGAACCAGAGGGUUUGGCGACGAGUAUGAUGCGAGGGCCAGCCAACGAGAGCGCACAGGUCGCAGUGGUGGGUAGUGUAUGGGGCUUUGGUGACAAAACGGAUGGCACUGUGAUAGACUGCAUCCAAUUUGUUGAGUAGGGUGUUGGAGGCUAUUUUGUAAAUGACAUCGCCAAAGUCGAGGAUCGGUAGGAUGGUCAGUUUUACAAAGGUAUGUUUGGCAGCAUGAGUGAAGGAUGCUUUGUUGCAAAAUAGGAAGCUAAUUCUAGAUUUAACUUUGGAUUGGAGAUGUUUGAUGUGAGUCUGAAAGGAGAGUUUACAGUCUAACCAGACACCUAGGUAUUUGUAGUUGUCCACAUAUUCUAAGUCAGAACCAUCCAGAGUAGUGAUGCUGGACGGGCGGGCAGGUGUAGGCAGCGAUCGGUUGAAGAGCAUGCAUUUAUUUUUUACUUAUAUUUAAGAGCAGUUAGAGGCUACGGAAGGAGAGUUGUAUGGCAUUGAAGCUCACCUGGAGGGUAGUUAACACAGUGUCCAAAGAAGGGCACACUGAAAUCUAUGAUUUGACACACUGAACUCUAUCGGAAAAGUAGUUGGUGAACCAGGCGAGGCAAUCAUUUGAGAAACUGAGGCUGUUGAGUCUGCUGAUGAGGAUGUGGUGAUUGACAGAGUCGAAAGCCUUGGCCAGGUCAAUGAAUACGGCUGCACAGUAUUGUUUCUUAUCGAUGGCGGUUAUGAUGUCAUUUAGGACCUUGAGCGUGACUGAGGUGCACCCAUGACCAGCUCUGAAACCAGAUUGCAUAGCAGAGAAGGUACGGUGGGAUUCAAAAUGGUCGGUAAUCUGUUGGCUUUCGAAGACCUUAGAAAGGCAGGGUAGGAUAGAUAUAGGUCUGUAGCAGUUUGGGUCAAAAGUGUCCCCCCCUUUGAAUAGGGGGAUGACCGCAGCUGUUUUCCAAUCUUUGGGAAUCUCAGACGACAUGAAAGAGAAGUUAAACAGGCUAGUAAUAGGGGUGGCAAUAAUUUUGGCAGAUCAUUUUAGAAAGAAAGGGUCCAUAUUGUCUAGCCCGGCUGAUUUGUAGGGGUCCAGAUUUUGCAGCUCUUUCAGAACAUCAGCUGACUGGAUUUGGGAGAAGGAGAAAUGGGGAAGGCUUGGGCGAGUUGCUGUGGGGGGUGCAGUGCUGUUAAACGGGGUAGCGGUAGCCAGGUGGACAGCAUGGCCAGACGUAGAAAAAUGCUUAUUGAAAUUCUCAAUUAUGGUGGAUUUAUCGGCGGUGACAGAGUUUUCUAUCCUCAGUGCAAUGGGCAGCUGGGAGGAGGUGCUCUUAUUCUCCAUGGAAUUUACAGUGUCCCAGAACCUUUUUGAGUUUGUGUUGCAGGAAGCAAAUUUCUGCUUGAAAAAGCUAUCCUUGGCUUUUCUAUGCCUGUGUAUAUUGGUUUCUUACUUCACCGAAAAGUUGCAUAUCACGGGGGCUGUUCGAUGCUAAUGCAGAACGCCACAGGAUGUUUUUGUGCUGGUUAAGGGCAGUCAGGUCUGCAGAGAACCAAGGGCAAGUCUGUUCCUGGUUCUAAAUUUUUUGAAUGGGGCAUGCUUAUUUGAGAUGGUGAAGAAGGCAUUUUGAAAGACUAACCAGGCAUCCUCUAACUGAAGGGAUGAGGUCAAUAUCCUUCCAGGAUACCCCGGCCAGGUCGAUUUGACAGUGAUGAGUGGAGGUUGUUUGACCACUGACCCAUUACGGUGUCUUUGGAGGGCAAGUUGGUUAGGUUGAUAUCUAUGAGGGUGCCCGUGUUUAUGGUUUUGGGGUUGUACCUGGUAGGUUCAUUGAUAAUUUGUUUGAGAUUGAUGGCAACAAGCUUAGAUUGUAGGAUGUAGAAUAGGGUGUCUCUCCUGUCAUUUUGUAUUGGUCUCACCUCACUUGGUCUCACCUCACUCCUCUCCUGUCAUUUUGUAUUGGUCUCACCUCACUUGGUCUCACCUCACUCCUCUCCUGUCAUUUUGUAUUGGUCUCACCUCACUUGGUCUCACCUCACUCCUCUCCUGUCAUUGUGAUACAGGUCAACGCGCUAAACAAGCGCAUGUCAGCCAUAGAGAGUCUCCUGAACCGGCUGGAGUCCAAGAUGACUCUACCCCCCGACGAUGAGGAGACGCCCCCGACCGCUGCACAGAUAGAGGAGGAGAAGCUGAGGAGAAAGCUGAGCGAGCUGGCGGGGAACAUCAGUGUUCCGUCCUCCGACGAGGAAGCAGGAGGGGGGAAGAAGACCCCUUUAUUAAAGAGGGCCGCUGUGAAGAGUAACCUCCCAGUCCUCCCCCUAGAGCCCCUCAGUUCCUCCAGCGAUGAGGGGCCCACCGAGGCUCAGCAGAGAUCCACCGCAGCGGCCCUCUGUGACAUCACCAAAGAGUUUCUAAGAACCAUUAAUGCCGCUGAAAGCGCGAUGAACGAGUACUUCCCCUCAAUAACGUCUAAUGACAGUCCUAUGAUAACUGACGUGGCUGACGUAAGGAAAGCCGCUGAGUCUUACAGGGAACUUGAGGAAAAUGUGUACAUGACCUCAGGGAAGUCCUUUGAUCUGGAGAAGAAGCUGAGGCAUCUGGAGCAGAGUGCCAAGAACCGCUUCGGAGGGGCCACAGACUCGGAGCUGUCUGACCUGGAGGACGUGGUGGCUCUGACUGCACAUCGGGUCCAGAGCACUGAGAGUGAGGUGUCUGAUUUGGAGAACAAACUUGCUGCUCUAAGUGCCUCAGGGAAGAAAAAGAUAUCAGGUUCACAGAACAGGAAAAGGUUUAACCAAGACUUCCCCACAAAACCCAGCAACGGCUCAGGAUCCCUACGGAAAUCCAAUCACAUGUAGAAUGACUGUACGACGAAUACGCCCAAUGAAACUGUCUGUAUUAUCUUAGUUACUGAAAUAUACCUUCAACCUUAUCUGGCACUGAUCCACUGUAUAUCUGAUGUCAAUCUCAUAUCCACACCCACAAUGCACAGCAGUUCUGUGCUGUAAAAGCAGGCUACACCAUAGCUGUGUUCAAUGCAAAAACAACCCUGGUUUACUGCCUGAAAGUCAUACGCAUUCUAAAGUAUCCUCUCAGUCUCAAUGUAUCUGAUGUCUAAACUCAUGAAAUGCUCUGAUGUGAUUGGUCAAAAGGGCAAUUUGUGGGGAAAAAAUAUCAGAAUUGGGCUUCCUGCUGCAAAACAGUGUAAGUUUCCUGAUUUAAAAGAUGAAUCUGUGCCAUAUAGGCUACCAAUAUUCAAGCAGAGGCCAAGGUGACUUUCUGUGUUAAAAUGGAGUUUGAUUAGUGAACACUGGUAAAGUGGUAGUUACUGUAGACUAUCAUGACCUAGUCUAAUAAUGACCUUUUGGGUUGCACGGGAUUCUGGGAAACAAGCACCACGACUUACUAUCUUACAUCACCAACUGUGUUACAUUCAAAUAACAGAGUGUCUAUUACAUAUUGUCUUAGUACAUAUCUUUCUGAAAAAGUGAAAUGUUGUCUUGACACUGACCAGACAAAUAUGAUAUGAAAUAACAAGUUAUCUAGUCUGGAUAAUGAUCUGUUUUCUCUCAAUUCAUAUAAAAAAAUAUGUCUGAAACCGUUUUCAAGACAAUUAUAAAUAUUGCAAUAGGAUGAAUAUAUAUAUAUAUAUAUAUAUAUAUAUAUAUACUGUAUAAUUUGAAAAGCUGCAGUGCGUUGUGCUGUCACUGGGCUUCUGCAUCUAAUAAAUUGUAUCACAUCAACUGUUGAGUGUUUCUAUUCUGAGGGGAUCUUAACAUACAGUACAGAUAAGAAGGCCCGCUCUGCCAUGCCCAUAUUGGUAUAGUGAUUACAGGCAGACACGUGCUGCCACCUAGUGACACA